AUACUGCGACACAGUGCACGAAUCGCAGCACAACACAGCUCUGCAUCUCCCACACGUGACGCUGCCGAACGCCAUCAGCCCGCAACCCCAGGCAUGGCCUCAGCAGCAGCCGCAUUAAGCCCACCUGGGAGCACAGCAUCCCAUGGUGCACCCGGCCUGCCAGGGCAGGGGCCCAACAAGACCGUCGAGGCCUACCAGCUUCGCGUAGCCAACUUCUUGACCUUCAUCAAUGAGGAAAAGAAGCACCGCGACGAAGCUGAGGCCGCUUGCAUCCGUGCAGCCGAACAUGCAGCAGCAGAGCAGCAACGACAGCAGGCCGAAGCCGCAGCAGCAAUCAACCAACUCCGAAUGGCCGCUUGCACGACACUGCAGCAGCAAGAGAUGGAUUAUGCUGUAAAACUCAGAAAAAGUCACUUUACACCGACGGAAAGCAACAGCAACGCGACGGAUGCCAAGAAGACCAAGGAGGACAUCGCCAUGAUGAUUGCACAGCUCGUUGCAACGUGCAAUUGGCAGCAGCAGGAGCUGCAGCGCUUGGCAUGGGUGAUUGACAGCAACUGGGACCAGCAGCAUGGCACCAACCGCGGUUUUCAUACCCGCAUCGAAGACUUGGAGAACUUGGGUGCCGCCACACCAGGCAGCGAACCUCGUACCGGCCAGUCGUCGACACGACAGCUGGAGCAGCGGAUCGACCAUGUGGUCGCCACAAUCGGCAACCUUGGCACGUUUGCAGAACCAGCAACGAUCAGUCAGCAGAUUGUUUCGUUGACAAGCGGUCUCCUUUCAUCACCGUUGGCAAGUGACCCAACUUCUUCGCCGUCAUUACUAUCUUUCGGGGAUUCGUCAGUUUGGUCGAGAAUCGAGGACCUCGACCCGUUGACUAUGGAAGACUUCCAAUGGUUGCCUCUUCCUCCUUUCGGUUCCUUGCCAAAGCCGCAUUGUAACCCUUUUAUGGCAGAAUCGCGCAAGUAUUUGCACGCUGCAGUACCAGCUCCAUUGACGAAAGACGGAGUAGCGGUUGUUGACCUUUGCGAGUAUGUUGCGAAGAUUGACCUCAAGUACGCCACGCAACAGUACGACGACAUUGACGCACGUUUGCUCUACAUCCGCAUUCAAAUCGGGAAGGCGACCUGCAGCGCCUUGAUCGAUUGUGUAGCUACUCGCAACUACAUCAGCCAAGACUUCAUGGCACGCGCUGGCUUGGCGCCGCGCGUUCGAAGGAAGUUGCAGCCCACGCAAGUCCCAGUGACCAACGGUCACACGUACAAGUCCAUUGACUGGUGCAUUAACGCAGUGGCCGUGUACUUCGCCCCACACGCACGUGACAUUGUGUCCUUCGACAUCUUGGACACCAAGUUCCACAUGACCUUGGCAUGUUGUGGCUGCGAAGUGAGGACCAACCCGUGAACUUCUAUCGGCGCACUGUUCACGUU